AGUGCUUUCCGAGCUUUCGUAGAGGAUAGACGUACUCUGAUUUUGAAAUUCUGGCACGGUUUUUCCGCGACGUAAAGAGCGAUGCUUAUGUUUUGUUUUUAUCUAUUAUAAAACUAGAAAUAAUUGAAUUAUGAGUAAGAAAUAAAAAAUAAAAUAUUAUGUAAUGAAUUUACUUAUGUUUCAUUGAAAAAAAAGAGUAAUCUAAUUAGAAGUGUAGUCUAAAUUUAAGUGACGGUGUGUUAUCGAAGAUGGUUGAGCGAAGCAUACUGACAUUUUCAUCGUUUUUCAUAGUACUUUUCGGAGGUGUAACCAGUCUACGUGAUGUGAAGUUACUGGUUGAACCAGAAACUGUUAUCAGGGGACGAACAGCUGCACUUAUAUGUUCGAGGGAUAUGCAAGGUGCACCUUUGUAUUCAGUGAAAUGGUAUCGGGGGAACCACGAGUUUUUCCGAUACACACCCAUGGAGGAACCUGACCUCAGAAUCUUCGGGUUGCCGGGAAUUUACGUCGAUAUGAACAGAUCUAACGGAACACAAGUUCUACUACGUCGCUUAGAUCUCGGACUCGCUGGAAACUUUAGCUGUGAAGUCACAGCUGAGUCGCCAUCUUUUGCAACUCAAAUUGCAACAAAGUUUAUUGACGUCAUAGCGCUACCUACUAUGGAUCCGACGCUUCAAGCAAACAAGGAUCGGUAUCAGCCUGGUGAAACGCUUUCGGCUAAUUGCUCGUCGUCCCCUGCGAGGCCUGCCACAAAUCUUACAAUUUAUGUAAAUGAAGAGCCGCUUCGGUCAUCAGAAACUAGCCUGCAUCAAUUAGAAAACGGGCUGUUCACUACACGUGUCAACGUGGAAUUGAAAGUGACCCCAGGACUCUUCCCCGGAGGGCGUAUGAGGCUCGAAUGCGUAGCUUCUAUUUACGAUAUCUACAAGAGGACAGCUAAAUUAGACUUCUUUACCCCAGAGACUGAUCCAAGGCCUGAAAGAAUAACACUGAAUGGCGGUGCAGCCAGAUGCUUUCAAAAUUUCUUCCUUAUAUUUCUUUUAUUAUUUUUACCAAUGGUCGCCUGUCAAGACUUUGGUCAACUCUACGAUGGCUUAAUAGACGACGCAUUCCAGUACUACGAUGAAGAAAGUGAAAAUAAUGCACUUCUAUCUCUAGUUGGCGGUUAAAAGCCGAUAACUGUACUUUAUUAGUGAACAUAUGGCUGUUACGAAUUUAGUCUGUGAAAUUAAAAUAACAUGUUUUCAAUUGUAACUAAAACGUGUCUAAGAUUCUCAAACUUAUGACAAUUGCUGAGCACUGAAAUGUUUUAGGGCUGACUUUUAAUUCUGAGAUAAAUUUAUUUAUGAGAUAAAAUACAACAUAAACAAAUUGAAAAUUACAGUUGUAUGAAUAAAUUAAUUCAAUUGUUUCACUUUUAUAAUUAGUCGGGUUAUAAUUUAUUUGUUUGACAACGUUUAUCUAAUGAUUAGGAAAUUAGCCUUAAACUGGAAAAACAAUUUAAGUUCCUGAUAAUUUAUGUGAAAAUCUGUUUUAAAAUUACCUUAUAGGAUUUAUCUUAGAGUUAAGUUCUUGUUACUUAUGUACAUAACAAAUUUUACACUAUAUUUAAUAACCACUUCUGUUAGUUAUCAUUUGCAAGCUCAAUUAAGUGGGUUUGUUCUUAUUUUAAUAUAUGUAGUAAAGGA